CGAAAUGCGAAUGUGAGUGAUUUGGUUGUUGCCAAGAUAAUCACUGAAGUUGCUCGUUUUGGAGGCUACAAAUAACGGGUUUAAUUCCCUUUUGAAAUGAAUAUAAAAAUUCAAUGAACCGUACGAUGGCGGAGUCAUCAUACUUGCAGCCUUUUGCGGAUCUCAUGAGGAUGUAGCAUGUUAAAGGGCGCUUAUUCGUAUCCUUUUGGGUGAUCGACAGUCGACUGCAUACGAAUUUUGUUUAGCUUUUUUGUUAAGGAAAAUAAUAACAUGGGUUUGAUUGAUUCCUUCCUCCUCUUUCGAAGUUUUCUGAAUAGGUAAUACAGAGGCGGGAAAAUUACGAUUUUAUUCCUUGUUCGUUUGACAGUUGUGAGAUAACGUUCACAUGUAACAUUUGCACUGAGAUCUAAUGUUUAAGCUGAUUUGUUACCACUCUAUAAAUCGGCUUCUUCGCGUCUUUCAGAGAUGAAUUGAAAUUAUGGCAUUGGUAUAUAUUGUAAGGGUAGUUUUUUAAUCUAAUUAGAUACUCUCGUAGCUUUCAGAUGCAUAGUUGACCUAUUAGCGUACCUUCGGUGUCAGCAGACCUUUGCCUAUCGUACAUAAUUAAACCUGUAAAUUCAUUCUGACAACAUACGAGGAAAAAUAAGUAGUGAGGGGCAAAUCGUCUGGCAAAGAAAAGUUCCUUUUUCACCUACAUAUGCUUGACCAAAAACAACGCAGCUCUUAUUUCAAACAGUAAUUAUUGUCACUCUUUCUCCCUUGAAGGUAAAAUUAAAACAGAAAGCUUGUAAUCAAAUAGUUGCUAUUUUUACAGUUUUUGAUGUAUACAAAGUGCUCUCUCUGUCUGAAUUUCUCUGAAGGUAGGAAUUAGAAGGAAUUUAGAGAUUGAGAUGCCCAUUAACAACUUUUCAGAUGAAACUCUGUGAAUGGUUAAGCAAUUUUUCUCGUUAAGUUUAACAAACAGGAAAGCACCUAGUGCAAAAAAUGCGUUCCACAGUGGAUUCUAAUAGUGACACUUUGUAAUCGGAGGACUCUGCGACAUUUUGUGUGAUUUUCUGUUGUAUCAUUUUAGGUCACAAGUCUGCUUUGUUUGCAUUGACUGAUACAGAUAAUUAUUCAUCAAAAUUUACACCCAUUAACAAUUAAUAGCUUAAGAUGAUGAUCUUUUGUGUUCAUCACCACAGCCAUACUGUUAUUGGUUUUAAUAACUAAAAAUCACAACUCAAAGACUUGUAGUAUUCUGUUAAGCAGUUAUUUGGUACUACACAGUAAGUCUUAUUUCUGUGGCUUUCAAGCACCAAUUCCACUUUUGUUGCAUUGAUUUGAUUUUCUUGUUCCACUACAGCAAAUUGAAAAUGCUGUACUACUGGUUAGUAUAAUUAUAAUAAUAACAUAUUAGGUUACCAAGCUUUCAGACACACAACAUUUGAUAUUUAGUCUGAUGAUAAGGUCAUUUUAUAAUAAGUUGGUUAACAUGUCUGCGUUUAAGUCUAACUUUUGUGUGCGCGUAUUUUAUUUUAUAAGACAACAAUCUUUGUAUUGUGUAGAAAAACUGCUGUAACUUUGUCCUAUUUUAAAUUAUGGUACUAAUUUUGUCAAACAGUGCCCAAGGAUUGAGCAUUUUUUAACAAAAUUAACAUUGCAACUUAUUAAGAACUUCUCUCAAGAUCUAAUUUUUUAUUUUGUAAUUUUGAACUGGAAAAAAAUUGUGUGAAAUGAAUAGGGAUACAUCAAAGGAAAUGUGACAUAAUUAUUGUACUUUACAAUUGUUACACUUUGUUUUCACUCUCAAUUCUUCCAAUCAUGAAAAAAAUGAAUGAGGAAUAUAGGUUGGAACUGUUUCUAUUUUUCUUGACCUUAUAAUGAAUGAUCAAGGAAGAAUUUCUUCAACACUUUUUAUUACUCAUUGACUUUAUACAAUUAGGAGAACAACAAUUGUCAGUAGUUUCAUUUAAUAUUUACAUGUAGUGGUGUUUUUGCAUGGCAUGUUUUCUUUGACAAUUGUGUAGUGACAAAUUUAAAAGCAUCCAGAAAGAGCGAUUGGAAAAAUUUAAAGAAGAACAAAAGGAUUCUUUGAAAUCAAGAAGUGACAGGGCCAAGGAGCUUUCAAAGGAAACCAAUCGUAGGAGAAAGUAAGAAGACUUGAAGUUUAUUCUCAAGGGUUGUUUGUGGAACAAAUUAAUUUAUUUAUAAUACUGACAAUAUUGCAUCACUCACUAGAUAGUGCUGUGACUACAGGGGGAAAUGUCAUCAGUGUUACUGCAAUUAUUUCACUAAAAAUACUGCAUUAAGUUUAGAUAAUAAGAACUAUAGAGAAUAUUCACAGUGAUGUUAGAUUGUUAAGGAUUAUUGAAGAUGUAGUUUUUUUACAUGAUUUAAAUCUCACAAGUACACCAUCACCAUGUUUUGGUGUGACCUUUUUGUGUUGAAGCUCAUGCUUUCCUUCAUGUUUUCAUUUUGAAAAACAAAGCUUCUUAAUGGUUUAUGAUAAAAAUAGAUAAAUGUGUCACUGAAGGGUGUUCUGAUUGGAGCAUAAAAGUUUUUAGGGCAUGUUGUUAAAUGAUGAAUAUGAAUUCUCCAUAGAGCUCUUGAGGAUAGGAAAAAGGAACUGCAAAACCAUGAGGAACAAUUAAGAGACAAAGUCUUGUCAAAGAGGAAACAGGAUCAGCAAGAGGCAACACAGAGAUUCCAAAAGGACUCUUUACAAAAGAAGGCACUAAAACAACAUGAUCUUGUGAAUGGACCUAAUACAGGUACACCUAGCAAUAGAAGUUUAAUGUAACUGAUUAGUUAUAGAGUGAGGAAGACAUUCCAGAAGUCUUGGUAGGUUCUGGGAAUCCUGUUGUGGGUCAUAAAUUUGUUUCUAGUCCCUUGUUUUGGGUUACCACCAAUUGCAGUCACAAGAGGAUUGGAAAGAAGAGGAGAGGCUAUGAACUCUUGUUAUAGGUGCUCCUAUAACCCUUUUAGCUGUAAAGUGACUACAUCUAAUUUCUCCUUACAGUCAAGCUUUGAAGAAGCUCUUGAUUGUCAAGCGAGUUUUCUUGUCAGCACCUUAAGAGAUGUAUAGAGAACAGUAUGGAGAAUAUGCAUACUGAUGUUAGGGUGCAAAGGGUGAAUGAUAACUAAACCCAAAGUCCUUAUAGGGUGAUGUCAAUUCAUGUACCUGUAUUAGUCACUGUUAUAUCUUAGCUGUAAUAUUUUUUCAUCAGAGCCAGUUUCGGUAGUUCGUGAUGGUUACCAUGUUGUCCGGGGCCACUUGGUAGAAGUGAAGGAUGGAAAGCAAGUGCCACAUAGUGCUUCAUUAGGAUCAAAAAGACUUCAAGAAGAUGGAUUAGGAGUUUGGGGUAAUGAAAUGCCAGACAAUUACGAUUUUGAAAGGACAUACAAAGAUUUUUCAUACAAUAAUGCAAAUAGUGGAAUCCUGUAUGCAAUGAAUGAAGAUAAGCUGUAUUCAACAGAGCCAGUGUUUGAUACUUACCCAGUACAGCCGCUAUAUUAUGCAACUGAUGGAACGGAAAAUGGGCCUGUUAAUGAUUCGUGGACAUUAGCACAACAAGAAAAGUUUCGAGCUGAUGCCAUCGCCAAAAGUGGACCGAAGCUGGCUUUUAUCAAGGACGAAUCUCAAAGGGACACUCCUGAAGGGGCUUUGCCAUGCAUCAUGGGCAGGGACUCACCAGCAGGGAGCCUCACUAGCUUAGAUAGCUUAGACGAAGUCCCUCAGGUUGCAGGGUCUGGAACAGGGAGGGAAUUGGGAACCUCUUCUAAGACCAGUAUAAUGGCCAAAAGAAAUAAAGAAGUCAAAUCUGCUGGUAAGAGAAGAGUCACUUUUUCUGAUAGCAUUGAAUUUGAUGAUGGUGUUACUGGUCAGCUUGUUACAGAGGAGAAACAAAGUACCAAAGUAUACACUAUGUUGUAUGCUAGAAAUGCCAACAAUUUUUACAACUCGUCAGUAUCAAAUUCUUCAUCAUCAGCUGGACAAUCGAGCACAAAUCACAAAGGACACAAGUCGUCAGGGACGCAUGUAACAUCUGUGUCUGAAAAGCGAACAGAACAAAAUCCCGUUAGUUCAGCUCCCACUUUCAUCAAAACCUUCGGGAAGGAUUCCUCUGGGGUAGCUACCUCUGGUAGAGACUCGUCUGUGGUAACUGUUACUCACUGUGACCACCCAAGACCUAAACCAGUGCCUGUGGAAACUCAAGCAAAUACACCCGACAAAAUGCAGGUUCAAGUUUCUUCCAUUCACGAAGUGAAUAGUUUAAAAGACUUAGGGGAACCCAGUCAUUUAGGUGAUGCUGUGAGUGAUUCAGAGCUAAACGACAGUCUGGAGGUUGUUAAUGAUAGCUUAGAUGUUGAAACUGAUCGAGUAGAGAAUGUACCUGGACUGAAAGAUGAAGAAGACAAAACAUACCCAGUAAGCAGUUCAGGAAACUGGACUUCUUCUUUCUCGACAUCGAUGGUGAAAGAUUCUUUACAAAGGUUCGUGGGAAGCACAGCGGAAAUCCCCCCUGAAUCCCCCCCUGAAGAAUAUACUGAAAAGUUUCCGUCCAACGAGAAUCGUGUGGCAGAGGAGUUACCUGUUCAAUCGGAGCCAGUGCAUGUAACCGCGUCACCAGUUGUCACAUCGGAACAUCAGUAUCACAGUCCAUUCUACAACACUGCAGUUUCUUCUAUAACAACUUAUCCCUACUAUCACCGUCUUAACCCACAGGUUGCCAGUGGUGUACAAUUUCCUGCCCAAGGAACAUUCCAUCCCAGUUUCCCUUACCCUUUUUAUACCACUGCAGGCUCUACGUUAAUGGGAGAAACCGAGCAGCAUGGAAUCGAAAAUACACCUGCUCCAAUAACUUCGUACAGAACUACAACAAACUUUGGUAAUGUUCAACAGGCUCUCAACUCAAGUGACCAUCAGAGGAGAUCUGCUUCGGAACCCGUUGUUCCUUCAUCAACGGUUACUCACACAGCAAACAUGGGCCAUGCAGUUAGCAGUCAAACCUCUGAGACCCCGAAAAGGCCUCCUAGCACUCAGUCGGUUGUAAACAGCAACGAAGCCGAUAAAAUGUCAUUGUCCCCCAACAAGCUCUCAUCGUCACCUUCAUCCACAGCAUCAACAUACUCUUCGGGUGUUAAAUCUACUAGAUCUUUUAUUCCCCGGCCUCCUUCCACGAAGAAAUCUGGCAGAAGUAGACUUCAUCCAGGUGGUCUUCACAGAAAGGAAGCUUCUACUCGUCCAGGGAAGGGAAUCAAUAACCACACUGUUGUCUCAGAUAGGAGUCAAGCUGGACGGAAUUUGAAGGCAAGUGCGAAUCACAGGAAUAGCCCAGAAGAAAGGGCAACUGAACAGCAAAACUUGGGAACCAAAAGAUCAGAGAGUAAGAAUGGAAAAGAGAAGGCCCAUUUCAAACAGCCAAAUAACAGCGAUAAACACAACGCUUCCGAUCAGGACGGUAUCAUGGAGAGCAUUAAACGUAACAUGGAGAUGAUGAAUAUCAGAACGAGGACUACAGCUGCUCAAGAACAGCACCAACGAAUUCUUAAUUCGCUGAGGGUGGAGUUUGGUGGUGGCAGGAAGGUGCAGCAGGAGUCUGUGCACUAUGGUAUGGAGGCUCAUGAGGAUUUGAUGAAUGCAGUUAAGCAUCACGCCAACACACAGGAUGCAACCAGUCGAAAAAUUCACCAUCCUCGAGUGGGAUCCGCUGGAUCACGAAAUGGUGCAAGACCUUCAGCUGGUGCAAGCGUCAAGCUGGAUCUUGUUGAUGAUGCUAGUCACCCAGCAGGUUUUGAUGGGUAUCCCAACAGAGGUAAAGCAGAUAUGAAGAAGACCGCGCCUUUCCAAACAGUAUCCAGUGAGGCAACGAAAGGAAUGGUACGGAAGUCUUCGUCUGACUCGGUAACGAAUCAUCAGUUCACUAACGAAGACAGACGGUUUGAAUAUCAUGUGUCAACAGUCGGUCAGCCAACAAGUACAAUUAUAACAAGCCAAGAACGCGAAGGUCCGUUGCAGGCGAGAACUAGUACACGUUAUGAACGAGAUGACAUGAGCAUGAAGAGGUCUGUAUCACUGGAUAAGACACCCACGGAUGAAGAAAUCAAUCACCUCUGGGCCCAUGUUCGGUCGUACCUCCACGGUGGGAAUACUAAGUCCGUCGGCUCAGACUCGUGUGUCAACAAAGUUGACGUGCGGCGUUCCCGUACUCGCUCCAGCUCGACGCGGCAAGUCCACAAUCCACCAGCUGUCCCACAGCAUAAUCAAGGAGGCAGCAGACAGCCAAAUGGUCAACACCUCGGGGUCCCUCCGCAGACUGGGGGCAGUACACUGGGAGGUCUUCGGCGCUACGGCUCUCAUGAGGUUCUUAGGAGGGACAGCUCUUCUGACAGUCUAUCGUUGAAGAGGUCACCGCUGUUGCAACAUCGUGCUUCAAGAGGCAGACGCCCACAGAUCCACGUUCAUGGCCAAAAUGGCCGACCACCAUUGCCGAGACCGUACGAGUAUAAUCCGUCGCCAAGCCAGGCGGGUCCUACAGCUUCAAUCUCAUGUAGAGGUAUAGGUAUUAAAGUUCUAAGCGGAUGCUUUUGCUUUCUCUCUCUCUUUCUCUCUUUCAUUUGCUUGUAGUAUGGCUAAAUGGAAUUCGAUAAUCUCUCAAGCGUCAGUGGGUGCAUGAGAGCCACUGCUAUUCGGACUGCGGAAGGGUGAGAACUCCAGCUCCAAAACACCUUGACCUGAUUUGUUUCAUUGCGUGUUUCUUUGUAGUUCCUGGUCCGCAACCAUUAUCGCCGGCUGAGAUGCAAGCUGUUAUGAUGGCGUCUGAGAAAGAAAUGUUUAACAAUCAUCAACAAAAUGCCUUCGCCGAUAUUUCUCCACAUCAGCAGUAUCAAGCAAUGAUGAACGGCUUAACAGGUCAGUUCCUGGUCCGUCUGCUUGAAUGUUUCGUGAUAAGAUUUUUCUUUGGCUCUGACCAACUCUCGAAAUGGCUCUGUACUGUAAAAAUGCUAAUUGGUGUUAAUAGCUGUCAUGCUCUUUCAAAACUGAAGAAUUGACAUUUCUAUGAUAUUCAAUAGCUGUAAUUUUGCGCUUUUUUCCUUCGUGUUUUAUGUAGGUCCUAGUGCUCUUUCAUUGGAGGAACAAAGGUUGUUGCAGUCUUUGGAUCGAUUAAAUGAAAGGCUUAAAGGUAUCAGAACUAUUCACUUCGUGCCUUUAUGUUUUGAUUAGAAAUAAAGGGGGUAAGUUUCUAGAGAAACUGUGGGGCUGCGUCGGUGGGAGAGCACCUCAGAGUAAUUUAGUAUUAUCAACUGAGUUGAUAACGUGAAUUGACCACGGUAAAGAGUUUCAAAGCUGACGUUUCGAGCGUUAGCCCGUCGUCAGGGUGAAAGGCUAACGUCAAACGUUCUGACGAAGGGCUAACGCUCGAAACGUCAGCUUUGAAACUCUUUACGGUGGCUUAUUUACGUUAUCAACUCAGUCGAUAAUACUAAAUUGCCUACCUUCGACUAGAAAGUUUGGUUGAUGACAUCUCUGCGUUCUAGUCAAGGUUUCACAUAGCGCCUGUUUCCUCUGUUAGACUGUCCCAGCAAAUCUACCAGUGAUGUUAACACUACUAAAGACCUCUUCCUUGACCACAAAGGAGGCAUAUCAUGAUAUUUCGCGUUGUUUAUCCCUAAAAAAAAAAAACUACGCUCAUCUUGCAUGAAGUAGUCCAGAACAUAUCAACGUGUAAACAACAAAAACAACAAAAUAUAAAUGGUUAGAUAUAAUUUAUGAAGUAUAAGAAUGGUAGGUGGUCGUAAAAUACAAAAAAAUACUACAGAGGAGAAGGAAAAAACGUAGAAGGAAUAGUGUUAAAUUGAGAUCAGGAAGAUUUAAACGGGUGCAAAUCAAUAACUUGAAAAAUUGAAAUAAAAUGUCACAAUAUCAGGGCUGUGAUUUAGCGUUCUCAUCUUACUCCUUAAAAUGUUGAGAUUCAAAUUUGACCUUUAAUUUAUUUGAUUUAUGUAAAGCUCAAGAAGAAGUCACAAAAGCCAUUACUCAGAAACCCAGGAUGAACGACAGUGGUUUUCGAAGGCCACAACAGGUAUCUCAUUAACUGGUCAUCCAAAAAAAAAAGUGCUGGCUCUUUUCGGCCAAAAUCGUGGGCUUUCUUUAUCGCGCAGUUUCAAGAAGAGCUAUGUCCUUUACUGAGAAAUAGAGUCGGUCAUGAGCACCAAUAGAAUUGGAAUGAAGACUUCGAGUAGAAUUUUGAUUAUACAUGAAAACUGGCGUUAGUUACUGUUACAUAAGUCAGCUCCUCAGUGAGUUGCAUUUGGUUCAGUUCAUAAAUCAUCUGACUGCGAAAUCGGAUCUAGUGAUUGUCUAGUUAUUGAAGACUCAGAUUUCUUUGGUCUGAUUCUCUUGUAGUUUCGAUUUCUGCUUUUUUCUCGAGUUCGCUCUGUGAUCCUUCUUUGGAUGUGAGCAUGUCACUAACGUUUUACCAGAUUGUUGCACAUCACUAAUCAGCUGGACUUCAUGAAUAUUUCCUUCCAUAGACUGUCAUCGUGAAACACAUUUCUAUUCUACCUUUAUUUAUCAUCGUCAAUCAAUCUUUUUCAGAGUGCUCCUGGUUCAGGGAUAAGAGGAACAGGGACUAAACAGAAUUCUUCAGCCAGAAACUUCCUACAUACGAGAUGAUAUACAGAGAAACCUAGUUAGUCUCGUGAAUCACGGCCCACUUGAUAAGUCGCGAAGGAAGAUAACAUUCCAAUACGGAGGGGGCCACAGAUCGCACGAAAUGAAACAGGAUGGAAGAACCUUUAUUAAAUAAUUACCACUCUCUCCCCCCCCUUCCUCUCUCCCCUCCCCCCCUCCUCUCUCCCCUCUUCCACGUCAGCCCUAGUUACCUUACAUUCUCUCAGGACCCCCUUCAUAGUGGUGGGCAUGAUUUGUUAUUCCUUUAAGUGAAUGCAAAGAAGCAUAAGACUGAAAAUUCUAUCUGUUUAAACAUGUUUUCUUGGCUAGAAAGGCUAAGUUACAUGCAUAUAAAAGAAGGGUAAUUCGACCCGUCAUUUAUGAUAGAAGUCUGUACACAUAAAGGAUGUAAGAAAAAAAACGCUACCUUUGCUCAUUCAGUGCUGUUAGCAACAGAUCCUUUUUCAUUCGUCCUCCUUGGUUUUCAAAGGAGGUGUGGUGUAAUCAGUCGAGAAGUAUUUCUUUUCUCAUCAUGAGCGCUUUCUACCAGAGAUGGCUUUUUCGUAUUAUUUCACGCAUUGUAAAAAUUGUAUAGCGACUAAAAACUCCAAAGUGAGUUAU